AUGCCCCAGAAACAGGUCCCGACCCCGCAGCCCGACGGCCCUCCAGGCGCGUCCACCUCAACGUCGCCCGCUGCCAGGCCGUCGGUGACGCGCUACGCCUGCGCCGCCGCGCCGCCCCGUGACGUCAUGGCGCCCGCGCCGCCGCCGUCUCCACGGUCGCGUGUGUCUUUUCCUAGUAUCCUGGGCGAUAGCUGUCUUUAUAGUGAAUGUUCACAAGGAUUGUCUUCCGGCAUGGCCUUGGGAUUAAGAUGCUUCCGCUUGGUCCACCCUGUCUUUUGUAACUCCUUUGCAGCCUUGACCAGACCUGUUUCAGAAGUGACGCUGAAGACAGUGAGUGGCAGACAAAGUGACCAUGGACAAUACAUGGCCUCACCAGCUGUACCAAUCCGUUAUUUCGCUACCAAGAAAGCCAAAGCCAAAGGGAAAGGACAGUUCCAAACCAGAGUGAAUCUUAAUGCUGCCUUGGUUGAGGAUAUAAUCAGCUUGGAAGAGGUGGAUGAAGAAAUGAAGUCUGUGACAGAAGCGCUCAAAGAUAAUUUCAAUAAGACUGUCAAUAUAAGGACCUCACCAGGAUCCCUUGAUCAUAUCACUGUGGUAACUGCUGAUGGGAAGCUUGCUUUAAACCAGAUUGGCCAGAUCUCCAUGAAGUCUCCACAGCUGAUUUUGGUGAAUAUGGCCAGCUUCCCAGAGUGUACAGCUGCAGCUAUCAAGGCUAUAAGAGAAAGUGGAAUGAAUCUGAACCCAGAAGUGGAAGGAACGCUAAUUCAGGUGCCCAUUCCCAAAGUGACCAGGGAGCACAGGGAAAUGCUGGUGAAACUGGCGAAACAGAACACCAACAAGGCCAAGGAUUCUUUACGGAAAGUUCGUACCAACGCAAUGAAUAAGCUAAAGAAAUCAAAAGACAAGGUCUCCGAAGACACCAUUAGGCUCAUAGAGAAACAGAUGCAUGAAUCCCAAAGUCUGGUAGCUGUGGGACCUCACGCCUACUGCCGCCACUGACCUCCUGAGGCUGUCAUCCAAGGGAAGCUGGAGCUGUAACCAGGGAGCGAGGCAACAGAGGGAAGCGGUUUGACCUGUGUGGGUGUCAGGGACCCAGUGGGUGAGCAAGCGAUGGGGCAGGGGUUAGAAACAGGACAAUAGUCAAUCAGGAGGGUUCAGAGACCCACAAGGAGGAGGGACGGAUAGGGAGAGGUGAGUCAGAGAGAGGAGAGGGAGAAGAGACAGAGGCAAUGAAGAGACAGAGACACGACAUGAAGGCCAGAGGGAGGGAGAAAGAGGCAGAAUCAGAGAGACAAAGACACACACACACACACACACAUGCACGCGUGCACACACGUGCACAUACACAUACAGGCACAGAGUCCGCAGGUAGUGACAGAGAGAUGGAGAUAGUCAGAAAGAAACAGAGGGUGAGAGUGAGACUGUCAUCCGAAAGAGAUAUUCUGAGACACCUAGAAGGAGAGACACUGAGAUAGAGACAGAGACACAGAGGGAGAUAAAUACACGCGAAGAGAGAACACGACAGAAAUCCAGGGGCAGUUAAGACAGGAAGAAAGGAAGGAAAGAGAGAAGAGAAAGAGAGAGAGAGAAAGAACAGAACAGAAAACCAGGAGGAGACACAUGUAGCCAGAGCUGGAGACUGAGUGAGGCAGAGGGAGGCGUGGGGGGAGAGCGAGCUAUUGAGCUGGUGGCCGCACAGCCCCCCAGACGGCCGGCCAGCCCCAUGUGUGCAGGGUGUGGGUGGAGGAAGAGACUGCACCAGCCCGGGCCAGGGCUGCAGGGACCAGAUAAGGACGCCUGCCAAAGGAAAGCAGGGGAAGGAAAGACGUUUACAAAUCCCCCCGGGGGGAGAAAGCCAGGGAGGCUGCCCCAGGCCUAGAGAACAAUGGGUACUUGACUUCAGUGGGUCAUUAAUGAGACAAUUAAUGGAAAGAGUAACAGAGGCCUCCCCAGGGAGGACUCAGAGGGUGGAUGAGUGGAAUUAUUGUGGAGGGCGGUUCUAAGGUCGGGGGGUGGGGGGUCUGUCCCCACACUCCCAGAUGUCCAGCAUGCCAGUGGCAGAUUCCUGGUCUGGGGCUUGGGGCCUCCCUCAGCUCUCCACGCAUGCCCUGUGCUCCCUCCACCCUGGACCCUUGCCAGCCCCCCUUUCCUAUUCCCGUGCCUUUGCUGCUGCCGCUUCCUCUACCUGGAAUGUCAUCCCUUGAUUAUCUCCAUCUAUGGAAACCCUGCCCACUCCAAGGGUAAAUAAGCGUGGCACAUCCAUAGAUGCUCUGCUGAGACAGAGCCACAUGUUUGAAUAAGAAGAGAGCCCCAGAAACAUAAUGGGCUGUGGAAAAAGCAGGCAGUCAGAGAUACGGUGUGACGCCCCUUACGUAAACUAGGAGGACACAAAAUAAUUUUUAAAAUUUAUUCCUGAUUCCAUUUUGCAUUAUACAUUCAUUUUUUUAAGGGAGGGUUGUGAAGAGAUUCUUAACCAAAUUCAUAAUGGUGAUUGCCACUGGGGAUUGGGGGAAAAGCUUAAAGGUACCCGAAAGACAUCUCAUAUAUGUGGAUAGAAAUGAAAACUUGACCAAGUGUUAAAAUUUGGGGUUGUGAAAAUAGGAGUGGUUGUUCCUUUGUUCUCUGGUUUUGUUUAAAAAUUUUUUUUCCAGAGAGAGACAACUUAGCUCUCCCCUAGACCCAGCUGAAGGCCAUUCCUGCAGGAAGCCUUCCAGGAAUCCAUCCACCAAUCAGAUGUGGUCUCCCUUUUCCCUGGCAUCAGUCUCUGAAGGCUCAAAGCGCUUUCCUUCUUGUGUUUCCCUUUGUGAUGUUCAUAGACUGUCUUCCCCACUGGACAGGAGCCCCUGGAGGACAGGGACUUCCAGCCCCAGGCCGGCUCAGAGCCCGUGCCCAGGGGUGUCUGUGAGACUGAACCUAGCUCUCCCAUCCACCACCGUGGGAGGCAAACCACCAAGGCUCUGAUGACAUCUUAGAUCCAAUACCCACAAAUCAAUUUUGGGGAGAGAGGGGUGGGCUCCUGAAAUUCAAAGCAUUCCUUCUAGAAUGGGGAUCUGGGGAGGGGACAGCUGCUACCCAGAAAUGUUUAGGAGGUCUUGUUUGCUGUGACCAGAAAAUAACCUGGUCCUAGUUAACUAGUGUCUGUAGCACCAUGGCUAAGAAAACCCAACGUAGUCCCAGCUAGUUCCCCCUCCCUAGUGAGGUAGAGAGGCAUUUAGCUCCUCCCACUCAAAUCUACCUGUUAAAAGAAUUCCUAUUCCACUGGCCCCCAGUGAAUGCCAGUUGCUGGUAAAAUGGAGCCGUUGUAGAGGUGGAAGGAGGGAGAAGGACCAAGUGCUUGCCCACCCAUCCAGGCAGGCGUGGCCCGACCCUAACAGCAGAGCCCAUCUCCUGAGCACUUCGAACUCCAGGCUCUGCCCUGAGAUACAGUAUCUAAUCUGAUUCUCACAGAGCGCCUGCUCCUCCAAGUUGGACUCAGAAAGUCUAAAGGACUUUUCUCGAUGGCCCUUAAAUGGUAAAACUGGGACUCUAGUCUGACUUGUUGGUAGGUGGAGGGGAUGUCUCUGGUGUGGGCGGUGGGGCUGCAUAGCUCUCCUUACUUCUAGGCCACUCCCCCCUCCCCGCCCUUUCUGUUUGUUUUUGAAGGUAGUUUCCUGGAAUCUGUCGUACAGGGGUCUAGGGUGGCCAGAAGCCCUGGAGGACACUAGUGUGCCAGUGCCCUUACCCCCACAGGAAGGAGUCAAUAGCUGGGAGGAGACUGAGGCACAGAGAGGGAAGAAUGCAUCUCUUAACCGCAGAACACAUGAGUGGUAGCGCUGGGACUUGAACUCAGAUUUCCUGCCUCUGGCUCCCCUGGCUGUCCGUGUAGCAGGGCAGACCUCUCCACAGGAUUUUCAGUCUGCUGGGCUUUGUGGUAUCAUAAUGUCGUCAUGGGACAUAAGACUACAGAGUUUGGGGAACAGGGAGAGAACUUAGAGAUUGUCUCCUUCGGCUCCCUGUUUGCAGUGAUGGGGAAUUUAAGCCCCAAAGAAAGCAAAUGACUCACAAGGCCUUUUUGAUGUCAGGAAGUCCAGGCCAAAAAAAGCAGCCUCAUGAUCCACAGAAUCCCUUGGAUUCUCAGAAGCUAUUGACUCCAACUUUAGAACGCAUUUUCAUAAUAGGUGACUUGGGGGGCGCCUGGGUGGCUUAGUCAGUUAAGCGUCCGACUUCAGCUCAGGUCGUGAUCUCACGGUUCAUGUGUUCAAGCCCUGCAUCAGGCUCUGUACUGACAGCUUGAAGCCUGGAGCCUGCUUCGGAUUCUGUGUCUCCCUCUCUCUCUGCCUCUCCCCUGCUCAUGCGCUGUCUCUCUCUUUCAAAAAUAAAUAAACGUUAAAAAAAAAAAAAGGAAAUAGUAGGUAACUUGGUGGGCAAACCCAGAGCAGAUUGGAAAUUAUAAAUUAGAAUGUGGGGAAAGGCAGCCUACACUCAGAUGUCUGCUGAAUGCUGAAUGCCUGCCUGCCUGCAUGGAUGAAUGAAGGAAUGAAUGAAUGAAUGGCUGCCCUCACCUAGUUUCCCUUCCUCUGCUCCAUCUCUUGCUGUCAGAUGAAUCAUCUUAAAAUAGCCUUUGUCAUGACUUGGACUUGCUCAAAAGCCCCUGAGAUCUCUUCAUUCCCUCCCUGAAGAGCAUCCCAACCGGUCUCUAUUCCUCCAUAACGGCCCCUCUGACCCGUCCUCUAUAUGGUGACAAAAUGCAAAUCAGGCUGCUCCUCUUCAGAGGCUCCAGGUCACCUCCAGGAAAAAGCCCCGCAUUCUUACCACAAGGUCUUAACUGCAAGGUUUGACUUGGACUGUCCUUUCAACCGCAUCUCACGCAAGGCUGUCCCUUGCUCUGGUUCCAGGAGGCUCUGGCUCUUUCUCAGGUUCCCAUAGAUGCGGUUAUUUCAGGGACUGUACGUGCCAUUCCCUCCUCCUGGGGCACUCCAGACCACCCACCCCCCCGCCUGGCUGGCUUCUAUCCACCCUUUAGCUCUCAACCUAAUCUCACUGCUUUUUGGCAGCGUUCCCUGACCUCCCCAGCUUGGGUCCAUACCCUCCGCCUGCUGUUCCUGCAGUCACUGGACUGAAUGGGAUACCACAGUGUCCCAUUUGGUUAUAUGUAAACGUCUUCAGUGUCUGCCUCCUGCCCAGACUGUGAGCUCCGAGGGGGCAGGGGCUGUGUUGUUCAUCAAGGUACUGUGCACCCAACAAGUAUUUGCUGAAUGAUUGAGUCAAUAUGUUUGGCUACCCACUGAAAUUGAUUUCUUCAUGCCACAUUUAUUGAGCAUCUACUAAGUGUCAAGCCUGGUUCUCCACACUCCACAGUGGUAAACAAACUACCGUAGAGUCCCUGCCCUCAUGGAGCUCACAGUCUGCUUUGAAGAGGCAGACAUUAAAACGCUGAAGAAAUAACACAAUGCCAGGCAUAGCUAACUGCUAUGAAGGAAAACAAAGCAGGGGUAAGGGUGGAGCACUAUGUGUGUGUGUGUGUGUGUGUGUGUGUGUUUGGUGGGAGUUGCCAGUGUAGACGGAGCAGUCAGGGAAUGCCUCUUGGAGGAGGUGGCAUUUCAGAGAUGAACCAGGGCUCCUGAGAAAUACAGCCUCUCUCCCCUACUUGGGCUGGCUGGACCCCAGGUGUGUUCAGGUGUGACAGUCCCAGAUAUGCAAACCCUCCGUGCCUCCCAGGGCAGGAGCCAGGAACCCAGAUGGGGCCUUUGGUGAGGCUUCUGAAGCGGGUGUGAAAGCCCAAAGCCGCUCUCCACAACAGCCGUGAUUGGGCUUUUUCUGCGUGGCGAUUGCUUUGUGCACGGAGGACUCGGCUGAUUGUGGCCGGUCGAUUGGCACCCACAGACCACGGCCGCCGGGGUUUACCUCGCACCCCCAGCGCCGCGGCGGGCCGUGUGCAGCGCGCCAGCCCAAUCUCGCCUCCUAUAUUCAGAGUUGAUUAGACGCUAUUUCUGCCUGGAUUUUCAGAAGGCUCAAGAGCUUUUUUAAUCACUACAGUGGCUCAUUACGGUUUUGCAGUGACACUCAUGUCCUUCAGUUCUCUUCUCAGAUUAGAUUCUAUAGUCAGAUGAAUAUUGGAUGAUUUCAUUACAUACAAAUGCAAUCAACAGUUUUGCAUAAAUUUCUUCUCUUUUCUUGAGUUUCAAUUGACCCCAGCACCCGUGGUGGCAGGCACGAUCCACAUGCAAAUGAGCUGGGUUUGCAGCCGGAGAGGGGCCGGGAGGAGGCGGGCACUUGCACCAGCCCGGGGAGGGAGCAGGCCUUGAUUGCUCAGGCUUUGGGAGAGGGGCCCUGGCAGAGGGGGGUGCCGCCCAGGGGGCAGCUUCUAUGGCUGAGGCAGGGCAUCUCCGUUCAGGAUGCUGUUCCUGCAGGUGAACCAGACGCAGGGAUGCUCAGGGUCAGGCAGGCUUUCUGGGCAGGGAAUGGAAUGUGGAGUGACAACCCCCGCAGCUAGGCCCAGAGCAGUGUCUUGGGACCGUGGCUCCUUAACAACUGGUGUGGAUGUAUUUCAAGAUUUCAGCAACUGCUAGGGCCUUAGCGGAGCAUUUGUGCUGAAUGUUAGCUCUGACCCAGCAAAUGCUAUUGUUUUAUUGUUAUUAUUAUUAUUGCCCUCAUAGUCAUCAUCGUGGGCUUGAACUAUGUAUGGCCAGCAGGACUCAAAAGCCAGCCAAGGCAGGUAGGAAAGUUGGGAGGCUGGGCAGCUGCCCUUCACCAUUUUCUCGAUUUCUUGCCUUCUUUUUUGGGUGGAGAGGCGGUAUGUUCUCAGAAUUGGGCCUCAGAAAGCUCCUGAUCCUUCCUGUAUAUGGUGACAGAAUCCUUUCUACCACAUUCCUGUGAACAGGUAUAGAAGCUCUUGCUUGUUCUCCCCUGGGGAUGAGGAGCUCCCUCCCUGAAGAGAGCCUCUUCCUGCUUUCUCAGCUCCUUGCUGACCAGGUGCUGUCCAUGAGCAUGAACCUCCCCAUCCCUGACCCUGUGCUCUGGGCCCAGAGCCCACCUCUGCUCCCUUGUGUCACUCCCUGAGGCCAGCAUUUGGGACCAUGCUAUGCUGAGUCACCUUUCCUAGGGCUGGUCUUCUCAAUUCCUGCAGCUUUUCCCAGGAGGUAGCCUCCAGCCUCACAUCUGGGUCUGUCUUCAAUACCAGGCACGAGGCUGGAGGGUAUGGGGGAAGUAAGCUGUGUGUGGUCAUGGGACCCAGGGCUGACAGCUAUGCACCUCACGGU